AUGAGACUUUCGUGGGGAUUCAUUUUUUCUCUGGUUUUUUCUUUGUAUAAAGUAAAUGCUACGGCAGAAUUAGGAUCGGAUAUAAAUGUGGAAAAUGAGAAACCACCUGAAGGCCUAUCCUGGGAAGAAUGGCAUAUGGACCACGAGCAUCAGUUGAAGGAUUAUACGCCCGAGAUUUUCUUUGCUCUGCAUGAUGUUAAAAAGAAGGGAUAUCUAGAUGCAAACGAUAUUUUAUCCCUGUAUGGGUUGAACCGCGAGGAAGUCGUGGGUACCGGUGAUGGUAUGGGACAACAUGAUGAGUCUGAAAAAGUCGAUAAUUCAAUGGCUGAGCGUGCCGUUGACUUAAUUAUGACGCUAUUUGACCUUGAUGAUGACAUGAAAAUCACAAAGAAAGAAUAUCUAGAGUUUGCUGGUAAAAAAGGCAGAUUCCCUGAUAUUGGCGUUGGCGUGGGUCAUCAUUCCGAUUUUGAACUAGAAUAUGAAAUACAUCACUGGAACAAGUUUCACAAGGACAAAGAUCCACAAGUUAAGGUCGUCCACAAGGAGGAUAUUGAACACGAAUUGCUCCACCACGAACAUGAAAUAGAGCAUGAAGAGGAAGUUCAAAGGGGUGCAUCUAGAUCUACUGUAAUAACGGAUGACGAGCUAGAAUCCAGAAUAAAGUUGGAAAACAUACCUGAAAAAUUCAAGAAUGGGAUUUUUUAA